AUGGGCCAAAAGCGCGUUUCCCUGCACACUGUCGAAACUCAGGGGACAUUCUUGCAAUUCCUCGUGAAUGUCUGUCGAGUUUCUCGCAAUGAUGUGCGACACCGGUGCUUACGUGUUUUCAACGCGUCGUCCGUGGAAAAGCAAACAAGGUGGUGCGACGGACUUGCUGAAGAUGUACCGGCAGUCAAUAACGUUAAUAUAUAA